UCUAUUUUUUUCAUCCAUGGAAAAGGGUUUAUAUAAACCCUUGUUUGGUUGUUGGUGUUUCUGUGCAGCAGCGAAAAUGUCAGGGAAAGGACCUGGUUUCUUCUCUGAGAUCGGCAAGAGAGGCAGAGAUAUCCUCACGAAGGAUUACAAUUCCGAUCAAAGAUUCACCAUCUCCUCCUCCACCAACUCCGGUCUCGACCUGAAGUCAACACUGGUGAAGAGUAGAGGACUUUCCUCUGGUGAUGUGGCUGCAGAAUUUAAGUAUAAGAACAAGGCGGUUAAUGUCAAAGUUGAUACUGAAUCAAAUGUGUUGACGACAUUCACUGUCUCUGAUGUUGUGCCAUCCGCGAAAACCAUUGCUUCUAUUCGUCUGCCUGAUUACAGUUCUGGCAAGGUUGAGGUUCAGUAUCUUCAUGAGCAUGUUGCUUUUACUCUCGGUGUUGGUUUAGACCGCUCCCCUGUUAUUGAUUUUUCUGGGACGAUGGGUACUCCUAGCAUUGCCUUUGGAGCAGAAACCAGCUACUCCACAAGUGUUGGCAAGUUUAUGAAAUACAACGCUGGUCUGUGCUUGAAAAUGCCAAGUUCCAAUGCUUCAGUAAUUUUCAUUGUCUUUGGAGCACAAACCAGCUUCUCUACAAGUAUUGGCAAGUUUACGAAAUACAAAGUUGGUCUGUGCUCGAAAAAGCCAAGUUCCAAUGCUUCAGUAAUUUUAGGUGAUAAGGGAGACUCCAUGAAGGUGUCAUAUUUACACCAGCUAGAAAGAUUGAAUGGGGGAGUUGUUGUGGGAGAGAUUAGCAGAAGGUUCUCUACAAAUGAGAACACAUUGACAGUUGGAUGUUCAUAUGUGGUUGAUUCUCAGACAGUUUUGAAGGCAAAGCUGAACAACCACGGCAACCUUGGGGCCUUAUUGCAGCAUGAGCUAACACGUAAGUCAUUCUUGACAAUCUCGAGCGCUUUUGAAACAAAGGAUUUGGACAAGAGUCCCAAGUUUGGUUUCACACUAUUGCUCAAGCCUUAAUGGAUUCAUAAGUUGAGUUAAUAUAUUAAGUUAUAUUGUCACACCUUCCUUCAAUUAAGUUCAAUGUAAGGAAGAAAGUUGAGAAAAUUGAUAUAAGAUUAUUGAUGUAUUUUUUUUCUUAUUAUCUUCAAAUGAUUGAUUGGACAGCUUGAGAUUAGAAAGGCAUUUUCACUAGGAAUGAAUCUAAAUUUUUUAUGGCAUCUGAUUCAGAACUAGUUGUUCGAAAAAAAUUAAGCUAUUAUUUAUCCUGAUCUUCUGAUUAUUGUCUGAAGUUUUUGAA